CUCCGGCUGCGGCCCUAGCAACCACAUCCGGGACUCCACUGGUGCCGUUGCCCGGGUAAUUUUCUGGCGGCGGCUGAAUGGUCGUGGAUUCUGCGCUCGGCUCCUGAGGCGUCUGCCAGCGCUGGGAGCUAGCGGAAGGGCGCGCCGGCCUGCCUUGAAUGGUCUCUGGGCUCCAGGAGCCCUCAGCGUCCCUUCUUUCUCACUCACAGGCCCCGGCCUCACGCGUUAGGCGUCCCCCCAACAGACGGUGCGCCGGGAGGGUGGAGGUGGAAGUAGCUUACCGCCACGCUACCACCGAAGAGCCAAAGCUGCUCAGCCACCGAAGAGCACGAAGAAGUAUAUAUUACAAAGGAUUCAACGGCAAGUGAGAAUUCAAAUGCACGAAGCAGAGCCAGAGAGCUUUCUAAGGAGAAACUAUUCAGGAGAGAGAGAAGAUACACAGGCAAGUUCUGGAAGGAUUUUCAUUGCUACCCUUGAAGAGACUUGGAAAUUAAUGGGCAACAUUUUACAUGAAAAUUUUUGAGCAUUUUUUUCUUCUUAUCUGGGAGGCCUUCUGUGGAGAAUUAAUAGGAGGUUGAAUGCGCACAUGGAUAAAAUGGAUCAUCUUAAAGGAUUGCAGUUCCAAAAAUAUAUCAGCAGGACUGGACAGGUUUGACAUAAUGAGAUUUCUAUUUUAGCUUGACUUCUGGAACUCUGAAUCAAACUAUAAACUGAGCUACACAAGGUCUUGCAAAGGAAGUUUCUCUUCUAAAACAUUCUAGUUGAGCAUAACAUUUUUCUUCUUCAGAUCUUUUGAAAAGGGAUUUUUAGUCACCAGUUUCCUAAGGGGCAAGACUAUCAGACAUUUACCACGUUUUAAUAUAUGAAGUGGCAUAGAAAACAGCAAUCUUUAUACUACUGAAAGAAUAAUUGAAAGAAAUGGACAGCAGGAAGUAGAGGAGAGCUUUCUGUGUACGCACUGACUGAGAUGGCAGAAGCUCCUGUGGAAGCCUCAACUCUGCCUGUAACAGUGAAGAAAAAGAAGAGUCUAUCCAUUGAGGAAAAGAUCGACAUCAUAAAUGCAGUGGAAAGUGGCAAGAAAAAAGCAGAGAUUGCAGCUGAAUAUGGAAUAAAGAAAAAUUCACUGUCUUCUAUUAUGAAGAAUAAAGACAAAGUUCUAGAAGCCUUUGAAUCUUUGAGAUUUGAUCCAAAGAGAAAAAGACUGAGAACUGCUUUUUAUACAGACCUAGAAGAGGCAUUAAUGAGAUGGUAUCGAAUUGCUCAGUGUCUAAAUGUACCAGUUAAUGGUCCAAUGUUGCGUCUAAAAGCUAAUGAUUUUGCCCAGAAACUGGGACAUAAUGACUUUAAGUGCAGUAAUGGCUGGCUGGAUCGUUUUAAAUCCAGGUAUGGUUUAGUAUUCAGAGCUCAACCUGCAGAAGCUUCAGGUGUAUCAGUAGACCCUUCAACUGUGUGGUACCAAAAUAUACUUCCUUAUUAUUUAAAUGAUUAUCAUCCUAAAAAUGUUUUUAAUAUAAAAGAGACUGGACUGCUUUAUCGAAUGUUACCUACAAAUACAUUUGCAUUUAAAGGAGAAACAUGUUCAGUUGGAAAGUUGUGCAAAGACAGGAUAACUCUGGUGGUUGGUGCGAACAUGGAUGGCUCAGAAAAACUUCCUUUGCUUGUCAUUGGAAAAAACAAAAAUCCACAUUGUUUCAAAGGUAUAAAAUCAUUGCCUGUACAUUAUGAAGCUAACAGAAUGGCCUGGAUGACUUCAGACAUAUUUGAACAAUGGAUGCAAAAGCUUGAUGAGAAAUUUCAAGCCCAGCAACGAAGAGUGGUGAUUUUUGUGGAUUCUUCCCCUGCACAUCCAGAGGUAAAGAACCUAAAGUCCAUUGAGUUAGCAUUCUUUCCAUCAUGUUUAUCUUCCAAAUUCGUAGCUAUGAAACAAGGUGUUAUUAAAAGUCUUAAAAUCAAAUAUCGACAUUGUCUCAUCAAGAAAUUUUUAAGCUCUGUUGAAGGUAGUAGGGAAUUUACAUUUUCAUUACUAGAUGCAGUUGAUACAUUGCAUCUAUGUUGGAGUACAGUAACCCCAGAGACUAUUAUUAAAAGCUACGAAGAAGCAGGAUUCAAAUCUCAAAAGGAAGAAAAUGACCCAGCCAAUGCAGAGAGAGACCCUGGUCUUGAUUUGGUCACCCAUGCUCUGGGAGCAGGAGUGGAAUUUCCUGAAGGUUUGUCUAUAGAGGAGUAUGCUGCCCUGGAUGAUGACUUAGAGACGUGUGAAGCAGUACCAAACGAUGAGUCAGAAUGCACUGAAGAAAGUCAGCCAGAUGAAACUGGAUUUUAUACUUCAGAUGAAGAAGAUGAUGGUGGAUCUUUAGAAACUGAACUUCCUUUACCAUCAAAAAAUGAAGCACUAACCGCUUUAGAUACUCUUAAAAAAUUUCUUAGAAGUCAAGACAUGAAUGAUGGACUUCAUAAUUCUUUAGCAGAACUUGAAAAUUUUAUUAACCCUUUACCACCUAAGUAAUUAUUUGUUAUAUAACAUCUGAAGACUAAAAGCUUUUCCUGAUGUAAUUUAAUAUAUAAGGUAUGUAAAGGAGAAAUACCAUUUAAAGAUAAAAUAUGAAAACCUAGUGAUUUUUGGUUUAAUUGCAAAAACGUGUGACUAGCAAAGCUCCCUAGUAAAUAAUGAUUAAUUAAAUAAAAAUACUGAAUUAUAUUCAGUAAGGUUUUAGGGAGUAGAAAAUAUUUCAGAGUUAUAUAUGUCAAACAUGAAAAGAAUGCUUUAGCUCUAAUUCACACACAAUGGAUCAUCAUUGCUAUUUUUUUAAAAUUCAAAUCAUGUUCUAGAAGAUUUUAAUUUAUCUACCUAGUCUAAGAUACAAAAUAGCUUAGAUAUUUAUUUUUAUAGACAUAUGCCAUAUGUAUUCUAACUAGAUUUUAAGAAUCAAAUAUUACAGUAGUUUUAAUUUAUUUUUCUUAUAUCUAGCUAACCUUUCUAAAAAGAAAUUAUGUAGAACUACUGAAAAUAAAUUCUGACAUACCUAUACACCAAAAUGAUUAAAAAUAUAUCUUAUUAUUUUCAAGCUAUAAUAAGGGCAAAUGAAAUGACCAUAUCAGGUUUUGUCAUCUAGAAUCAGAAGAUAUGGGUCUUUCUUAAAUGUGUGUGUGUGUGUGUGUGUGUGUGUGUGUGUGUUUAAUAGAAAAAUCUUUGUUGAAACAUUUAUUAAACUCAUGAUUUUAUAUUUUAAUAAGAAUACUCUUAAAAAGUAAAUGAGAAGAUACAUAUGCACUACUAGGAAAAAAUGUGGUGCUUAGAUAUUUUUCUAAUGUUAAUAGCUCAAGCUUUUAAUUUAUAAUAUUGAAUUAUUUUCUUGAUUUUACUGAAUCUUGUUGUCAGGAAAAAUGAAAUAUUCUUUCAGCAUAUUUGAUGUAAUCAGUCCUUUUUUUCCUUCAAAUUUAAUGGAUAACAUUUUGGAUUAAAAUUUUGUUUGAAGAAGUUUUAGCUACCAAAUGUUUUUAAAUGCUGUGUAAAAUUAUUUAAUCUCUAUAAAAUAGUCUUAUAACAGUCAAUAAUUAUAACAGUGUAUCAGAUUUUUCUGUUAUUAAAUUUAAACACUAUGCUUACUUAUUACAGAUAAUUUAGUGUCCCUUUGGAAAGUAUUUUGUAAAGAUAAAACAUAGAUUAUUUUUGUUAUGAAUUAUUAAUCUGCCAACAGAUGACACAUUUGGAAGGAAUUGUAGAAAGCAUUUUUAUUUUUCACUGUUGAUUUACUCGGCUUUUGAGAUUUACUAAUAAGACUGACAAAUGUUUUCGUAUGUUUUAGAGUGAAAUAUCAAUUGUUUAAAUUAAAAAGAUUUUAUUUAUGAUUUACUUUAAAAUUUUAAUUUAAUAAAAUUGUGGACUUAAAGGUGUUCUUAAGCCCCACUCAUAACUUUAAUAUCUCACAUAUUAUGAGCCCUCAAUCAUUUUUUUUCCUUCUCCACUUGAUGCCUUUUGCUAUUUGAUUAUUUCAGAUAUUCUGUAAUAUAAGAAUUACCUCCUUAUUUACAGAUGAGGAAGUUAAAACUUGGAAAGAUUAAAUGAUUUGUUUAAAAUUUCAGAGCCCAAACUAAAAUCCAGUAGUUCCUCAUCACCCGUUCCUACAUUCCCCUAACGAUAUACCACAAUGUUCCUAACUUGUUCUCUUUAAAAGAAAAUUCCAUUAUUUUACCCUUAAUUUAGAAGAUUAAAAGACAAAGUAUUCCAGAGAAUACACUAGAUUCGUGCUAAUAGCACUAUUCACAAGAUCUCAUCCAAGUACACAUAAUAAUGAAAUACUGAGAGAUAUUCUGAUUUGGUCAUUCUAUACCACUCUGUCUGGUUCUAUUUAAAUAAAAAUUUCCAAAGUGCUGAAAGCACCCACUCUUUCUUUCCUUUACGAUAUUAUACAUUUCUUAUUGUAAAUACUUCUGAGAUGUAAUAAAUCUAAAGAUGGUAAAGUUAGAAGUUACAUAAAAUUUGAUUAAGAAAAAAUGCCUGUGGGUUUAAAUUCAAAGAUAAGCUUUAAGUUGUUAACGUUGUUCACGCCUGUGUGGUUUAUAAGAUGUAUACGUUUAAACAAUUUUUGGAACAAAAAUUUUAGAAAUUUACUUUUCCUAGGAUGUAAUCACCGCUACAUACCUCACUCCUAAUUUUUCUUCUCUAUACAUAGUCAGUACAACGUAAGAAUUAAAUGUUUUUCCCCCCCAAAAAAACAACUCAAUUUACAAUUUGCCUGGUUUUAAAAUGUGGUAUUAUUUUCAUUGUUCUUGCAUUAUAUUUUUACUCUUUAACAAUGUGUUUUUUAUUCUACUUCAUCAAGAACAAGUCUCUUGUUGAAUUUGGGACAUUAUUUCACUACCUGUGGCUAAUGAACCUCUAGUGAAAGGCUUAGUUCAGAAUAAAGUAGGACAAUGAGUAAAUCAAA